GUCAAACAUGGCUGACCAAAAAAAUACAAACAUGGAAGUCGACAAAGAAAUGAACAUUGUAAAGCCACAUAAAGAUGACGCUACCCAGCGAACAAGGAGCAAGAACGACGUCGAGGGAAAGAAGGACGCGGGCGAAAGCCACGCCACGUCCGAGUACUGUGAGAAGCUUCAAGCGUGGAUGUGGCAGUACUACACUGGAUAUGUGAGCUGGCAUAGCUGGCUGGCAGCGUCAGCCAUGUCCUACCCACAGUUUUUACACGCUACUAGUGGCACGUCGCCUGCGUCUGUGGAUUUUAUCUCCCAGCAGUGGUUCAACAGUCUUCCGUUGUCACCUUACCCACCAGCCGUCGCCUCUCCAGGCAGCCGGAUAGGUGGAGAUGCAGUGCCCGGUCAGCCGCCACAGCAGCAGCAGCAGCAGCAGCCACAGGAGAAUGGAAAUGCUCAGAGACCAGGUCGAGAGUAUAUUAUCCCUUCACUUCUACAAAGACUCAUGGCUGAGAUGGUGGAUUUCUUUAUUUUGUUUUUUAUCAAAGCGACCAUAAUUAUUAGUAUUAUGCACCUCAGUGGAAUCAAGGACGUUUCAAAGUUCGCAAUGCAUUUUAUCGUGGAAGAAAUAGAUGAGGAUACAUCGAUGGAGGAGCUACAGAAAAUGAUGCUUGUUGCACUUGUGUACCGCAUAUUAGUGUGUUUUUAUGAGGUUGUGUGUAUCUGGGGAGCAGGAGGAGCCACUCCAGGGAAGUUUCUCAUUGGACUCAGAGUUGUUACGUGUGACUCAUCAGUUCUGGUUCAGCCUAACAGGGUGCUUGUAGUGCCGGCAACUAAUGUCUCUCUGUCUGCAUCAACCGUUCGGGCCUUGAACAAGAACUUUUCAAUUGCCUUUUUUUUCCCAGCCUUCAUCACACUCCUGUUCUUUCAGCACAACCGGACUGUAUAUGAUAUGGUAGCUGGUACAAUUGUUGUCAAGCGCUCCAGGGCCAGAUGACACUAAAUAGUUCUAAGUGGAGUCCAACAAUGAAGCUGAGCAGACACUGUGUGGUGUGUUUUGAAAAAUGCCAGCAGAACAUUUCAGACACUGUUUCCAGGUACCACCUGAACAUGCAGCAGAAUUGAUGCAGAUCAGUAUGAACUUUUUUACUUGCCCACAACUAGGGUUUGGUUUGUCACAUAUAGUAUUUAUGCAUGUAUGUCUACAUGCCACUUUCAGAAUCACUCCCAGUGCCAAAUCUAUGCCUCUGUGGAAGACAGAAAAAGUAAUGGUAAAUGUUACCUUUUCAUUAUUUGCACAAAAUUUGCUUAUUUUAUUAUCGUACAAAUUCUGGGUGAAUGUGUUGGCUCACCAUUUAUUUAAUUUGCUGUUCCUGCAGUACAUCUUUGUAUUUAAAUUGAGCUACAUGCUCAGACUUUUCAGUUUUAAGUUGUUGACCUCAGUCACCAAGCUCCUCAGCUGCUAACACUAGUUUAAGAUCACAUUAAAAUGUAUUAAAGGGAAAUGUAAACCUGAGCACAUUUGCUCUUCCUUUACUUUGACAGCAUGUGCGUCACUCUUUUUUGUGAUUAACUUUUUUUGUGUUAAACAAUAUUAAAUGAAAUCACCACUAAUUA